UCUCCCUGUCACACUUGUCAGCUUCUGAAUUCAGUUCGAGAUCAUCUACAAUGAAACCCACCUGGGAUCAAACACCGAUGCUUGAGACGGAAUCCCCGAAGAUCGACGAUGCCCUGAAGAUUUGUCAUUCGAUUGAAGACGAUCUCGCGGAUUGCCUGGCCGUUGUGGAGGGCAUGAACCAGAAGUACAAUGCCCCCGGACGCUAUGUCAUUUCCAUGCCACCCUUCAACGAAGACUAUGUGGUGGCCAGCUCGGGCACCGAUAGCUCAUCUUUGAAUGCUGCCGAUUGGGAGCUGGAGAUACUCACCCAGCUGUAUGGAGCUCGUAGUGCCCAGGAGCUGGAUGAAUCCUAUGUGGAUGUGCGCUACAAGUUCAUCAAGAUGAAAUUGGAACUAGAUGGCACCUUAAUCCAUUGCCAGCGUGUGGCAGAUACCGCAGACCGUCAGGAGCGCGUGGUUCAUUACAUGCUGGAGAGCUCCAAGAAGCGCAAGAAAAUCCUUUGCAGACAUUAGAAAACUACAAAAAUAUGAAAUAAUUCCUGACAACUAUUCCGUCAAAGUCCGAGAGCGUGCACAAAUUGCAAAUUGUGUCGACACUUGGCAGCUUUUAUUAAAAAUUACUGUCACCAUUA